CGCAAAUGUCGCAAAGUGCACCGAGACGGCAUCCUCCCAGUGGAAAUGUCGAGGUUAGCAGCAUGUCGGCAAAGUUUGUUGACACCGAGUGGGAGGCUCGGGAGUCCCAACGACAGCGCGAACUGGAAGAGGCUCGCGCAAGAGCUGCGCAGAUGGAAAAGACGAUGAAAUGGUGGUCCGACUGUACGGCAAAUUGGCGCGAAAAAUGGAGUAAGGUGCGAACCGAACGUAACAAAGCGCGCGAUGAGGCGAAACAGCUCCGCAGCAAUCUGGAGGCUGCCAUCAAAGAAUCCAACUCAUACAAGCGAGAAAAGUGUGAACUGGAAAUGCAAAUAACGCAGCUCAAGAAGGAAAUGGAAAAGGUGCACACGCUGAUGAUGAAGCAUGCCGGCCGUUUCAACAAAGCAUCGCUGGAUGCGGCCGACGAACCGGACCGUGAUGGUCGGGGCGAUAACAACUGCUCGCCCGACAUUUCCUCCGACGGUUUGAAAAACGUCAACAGUGAGGAUGGUUUGGUAACGAAGCUACCGAACCUGCCGGACGAUGGAUCCGGACCAACCGGUGUACUAGCUGCCAACGCUGCCAGUACCGAUCUCGACAUCGAAGAAUACAUCUUACAGGGUGGCGCCAUGCCAAAACAUUCCGUAGAGUUUAAGGACAAAAGUGAACAGAUGGCGGAAGAGCGUCGCCUCAUACAGCAGCUCUCCAAGGACGAUUACGACGAGGAUUAUCUGUUGCAAAAAAUUUCCAUGCUACAGCUACGCCUGGACGAUGCCCAGAAAACGAUCCAGAUCGAGCGGGAGGAGAAAAACGCCGUACAUCGAAGUUUGGAAAAGGCACGCCAGGAUAUGCAGGAACUGCGCGACAAAUGUGAGGAACUUCGUGCAGCCAAACAGGACGCUGUGCGUGAGUUGCUAACGCUGCAGGAGCAACAUCGGGUGGAGAUGCGCAUCACACACAACUCGCUGCAGGAAGAGAUUGCCGCGAGGGAAACGCUCGAGAGACGGUUGUGUGAACUGCGCACAGAGCUGGAACGAUUGCAGGCAGAGAACGCAGCCGAGUGGGGCAAACGGGAACGGCUCGAAACGGAAAAGCUUAAUAUGGAGCGGGAAACCAAAAAGCUGCGGGCCGAGUGUCAAGAUUUGCAGGAACGGCUCGAACGGAAGGGUCGACCGCUGGUUAACAGUGACGUUGAGCUUCGCUCACUACAGCAAGAACUGCUCGAUAAGAAUAAGGAACUUAGCGACAUUCGUCAUUCGCACAGCAAAAUGAAAAAGAUGCUCUCGGAAGCAAACACCGAGCUUGGGCAUGCCGUUCGCCGAGCGGAACAGUACGAAACUGAAGUCAAACGGUUACGGUCCCGUGUGGAAGAGCUCAAGCACGAAUUGGCCUCCGCCGAGGAUGAGCUCGAUGCAGCCUGCAACCACGUGCGUCGAUUGCAGCGUACAAACGAAGAACUGAGCGGCCAAACUGAAGGUUUACAGGUGCAGAUACAGCAUCUACAAACAAGCGGCAGUCCGAAGCAGCAGCAACAUCAUCAACACGACGCGGGCAACUAUAAGGCCACAAAUCGCUCGAAUUACACCGCCAACGUGAGCUACAAACCUAACAUUAACGAUCUGAAACAACUCUUUGACAACUCGGCCUCAUCACGUCAGUUUCCCGAUCGAAUUGGCGGCGGAGGUCCAUCCAAAGCUUCCGGUUUACCAGUCCGCGAGCAACAACCUUCGUCCCUUACCUCCAGCAUCAAUCCGCAACCUCCGUCGUACAUUCCACUCUCGUCCGGUUCGUACUAUGAUGCUAAACCGAGCUACAUCGAUCACGAUGCACCAUCGCCUCCAUCGCUCAACAACAACAAGUACGAGUUCGAGCGUGCCAAGCAAAAGUUUGACAACAUAACGCGUGCUGCAGCGGCCGCUAGUAGUGGCCAUAAGUCCCGCAGCUCCGGUGGAGCCGCCGGCUCGAAGCAACACAAUUUCGCUGCUGGAGGUUCAGCUAUCCCGAAGCGAAACACAGCCUCCAGUGUAGCGCCGGGAUCCUCCUCCGCUACCACUUCGUACUACGAACCGAACGUAUUCCCCGGAAACGGCGCAGGAGGUCGGGGAGCAUCACAUGGAUGCGAUGAUAUGCCUCCGACGAAGAACCAAAGCCACAUCAACGAAACCAUACAGCUGUUCGAUGUUAGUCCGGGAUCGUACGAUCAAUCACCGGGCGGAAAUGCACCGAGACCUAUCGGGCAGCAGCCACCACCACACAAACCGAUUAACAUUGGCAAGAUGAACGAGGUCAAUCUGGAUGGGUUAAAGGUAUCGGAGGACGAUGAAACUCCGUAGCUCACAUGGAUCCACCAGUCUUCUUUCAGCCAACGAAGAUAAUAGCGAUAAUGAAUGAU